AGAUUACUGGCAGUCAAGAUCAACAUUCUGGUGAAAUAUUUCCGUUCAAAAGAUGGCGGCAAACAAGACCAAAGGCCAGAAUUCCUUGGCUUUACACAAAGUCAUUAUGGUUGGGAGUGGUGGAGUGGGCAAGUCAGCUUUAACACUGCAGUUCAUGUACGAUGAGUUUGUGGAAGAUUAUGAGCCUACGAAAGCAGACAGCUACCGGAAGAAAGUGGUGCUGGAUGGUGAGGAAGUCCAAAUAGAUAUCUUGGAUACUGCUGGCCAAGAAGACUAUGCUGCAAUUCGAGAUAACUACUUUCGCAGUGGAGAAGGCUUCCUCUGUGUUUUCUCCAUCACUGAGCAAGAAUCUUUUGCAGCUACUGCUGAUUUCAGGGAGCAAAUUCUGCGGGUGAAAGAGGAUGAGAAUGUUCCUUUCUUGCUGGUUGGCAAUAAGUCCGAUUUGGAGGACAAACGCAAAGUCUCGGUGGAUGAAGCAAAGAGCAGAGCGGAGUUAUGGAGUGUGAAUUACGUAGAAACAUCAGCAAAAACAAGAGCCAAUGUUGAUAAGGUUUUCUUCGAUUUGAUGAGGGAAAUACGUGCACGAAAAAUGGAAGAUAGUAAAGAGAAGAAUGGCAAGAAGAAAAGGAAAAGCAUAGCUAAGAGAAUCCGAGAAAGAUGUUGCAUUUUAUAAACUGAAGGAUUAAACCACUUGUCCAAUUGUACUAAGUAUUGCUUUUCAUCCACUGUUCCAUCAAAGUGACUGAAGGUACAUUAGCACGUCCAUUGCAUUCAGGUUUCAGAAGCAUGAAUUGAACUAACUUUAGGUCAUGAUUGAUAUGGAAAUAAAUAAUGUCAAUAUGAAGCACUGUUACCUGUGAUGCUUGUCAAUAAGUGCAAUCUGUGGGCUUCAAAUUCACAUUUUACAAAGUAACAAUGACAACUUUCAUAUGGAUUGGCCUUGUGUGAAAAUAAUCAGUUCUGUCAUCGAUUAAAUUGGAAGCGAAAACAUUUUACACACAAGGCAGCACUUUGUUAAAACAUUUUUGGUCAGAACUAUCUGCAUUUAUACAUUCAGCACAGUUGAUUUUUUUUCAUACAAUUGAUGCAUCUUAAGAGCUUUUAUUGGGAAAAAAAAGUUGGUCUUAAAUGGAAUUUGGUCUUGACUGACCUAUGUUUUGUUAAAAUUCCAUUACUCCAAAAAAUGCCAUUUUGCAAGUAAAUGUUACUAGUUCAAUUAGCAAAGAGUUUGUCGAGGAGGAAUUAAACACUUAAUAUUAACUUAAACUGCAUCAGGAAUUCACAGUGGUGGUGAUUACAAAGCUCUUUACUUCAAGGCAAGCAAGCUGUGAAACAGUACAGUGGUUUUUAAAAUGUAUGUUUUAUUGACAGGAUACCACACUAGGAAUGUUAAGGUCAUUGCAUGUCUUGUUUUCCCCUUCUAUGAAUGGGUUGAAGCAUAUAGUGAGGCCAUUUGGAACUACGGGACUCGUAAGGGAGCAGAUUGAAGGAAAAAAUAGUUCUGAUUUGAAUUGUGGAGUACAUUCAACCUUUCCUUUAAAAUAAAAAAAAUCUCAUGCUGGUGCCAUAGAAAGGAAUGGGGGAAGAUUGCACGGGUAAUGCUUGUUUUUAAAUUGCCUUUUGUGAUACUCUAGAUGGGACAUUUUCAAAUAUGUAAGUUAUUGAGGAGCAGCACAAUAUUCAGGCACUUUUAUUAAUUGGCCACAAAUAAAUGUAAGGUCAGUUUCCAUUUUCUUUUUAAGAUUACCAAAACAUUAGCCAAUAUUUUGUUCUGCUGAUGUUCUCAAACCUCCACCUAUGAAGCCCUUUAGAUUAAAUGAAUCUAUUUUGGUAUUGGAAGAUGGGUAAAUUAAUGUUGCACUGACCUGGACUUAAAUUAUUAGCAUCAAUUUAAACCCAACUAGAUUUGCUUAUUGUAUAUUAAUGGAAAGGGUUUUGCAUUCUUCCUUAUUCCCAAUUGGGAUUUGAUCAUGUCCAAGUUUGACAAGGUUACUCAUGUAAGGGCUGUCUUUUAUGCUGCUUUUCACAUUACAGACUUGCCAAUACUGUCACUCCUACCAUCACAGUUAGAUUGUAAUGAAAGUAGCCACUUGCCUUGAGCUGGGCCUUUUCCACUCCCUGAUCUCUCUACUGCCAUUGCUAGAUUCAAGGAACAAAAUAUUGGGACCCUUGGGAUUUAUAAUUAUAAAAAGUGUGGCCGCACCAAGCAUUAUUUGUCAUGCAGUGAGAGCUGUAGUGUAAAAGGAGAGAUAGUAUACAUACUGGAAAAUGAGAUGCAUUUUGUUUUAAAGCAGUUUGGUUCUGUUCUAUCCAAUGUUAAAAAAACAUAAAUUACUUAUGUACAACAGGAAUGUAUACUUGUGCCAUGAUGGGAACAAACUAGUACUGAAUUAGACAGUUUCUGUUAUUGAUAACCUACCAGAAUUGCAUGUAUGUAGAUUUCACUGUACCUGUGUCACAUGGAACCAAUUGUAAUCAACAUUUUGCAAGACUGAUAUUGGCUUUUCAAAUGCAUCACUAAGCGCAAUAGCAGAUUCAAGUGCGUAUAAUCAAGCUGGCUGUAAUGUAGAAGAGCAGUGUAAAACUUGUAAAUAGAAACUUAUCUGACUAUGCCUUAAUUUAAAAUCUUUGCAGGUUGCAUCCAUCAGAAGUGUGGCGUGUGAAUUGUGCAGCAGAUAACUGCAACAAAAAUAAACUCAUCAAUCUUGUAAAAUGUGCCAUACUCUUAGACUUGAUUGUCCAGAACACAAUUCUGUUAAAUUGAUUAUGGGGCUAAUAUUUUCACAUUGUUGAAUUAUAUGUCAUGUUUUAAAUUGGCAAUUAUACAUUAUAUUUACUUGUUGGAAAAGAUGCAUUAUCACCAAGAGUGCAUUCCUCAGCCUUGCAGACUUAAAAGAAAAGCUGUGGAUGGCUGAAGAUUGAAUUUCUGUAAAUGGGUUUGACUUUUGUCCACUGUUAUCUUUUAAUGACUGACAGUAAACCUUGCAGUUAAUGCAAGAUUUCUAUAACCAAUCUUCAGCUGAAAAGCAGUCGAACAGGGAAGGUGAUCUAAACUUCAGGAAGAUAUCACUAAAUCUGAAGUGCUGAGAACUCAAAUAUUUCUACCUAUGAGAAUGUAUAGUUCAUAGAAUACCUUGUCUUUAAUUUAGGUACAUUGUUUGCCUUUUUGUCAUGUGUUUUAAAAUGCAAUGCGUGUAUUUGGCAGUAGAGGUUAUUGCUCUAUUGAAGGGCAAUACAGUAUAGUGAAAUGUUUCAAAAUGUAUAAACCUUGUUUGGACAUAACCUGCGUGUAUACUGUUUUUACACUGCGUGAGCAGUGCAUAGAUGUGUGCUUUGUAGGAGUGUGUGAAAUUGUAAGAAAAUGAAAUAACCAGGGAUUCUAACCACUAACAUUUUGACUUCCUGUAGACAAAGCUUGGGUAUUGGUGUUAUGAAGCUUGGACACUAUUGUAUUGAAAGCUGAUGCCCAUACCCAGAGUUUUAAUUGUAUGCUGAACCAUUAAGAAAUAAACAUUUUUUUUACAGCA